UAAACUCUUGAAAAUGUGGAUAUUAGAGGCGGGUGCCAUGAUGUUCAGUGGCGAGAAUAGUCUUGCACUAGUGGUAUGGGUGUUGCAGACUGGAAUGUCAGAGCCGGCCACCUCUGCACCCCUUCAUCCAUCUCCCGAGGACCAGGCCAAGGUUAGUACCUUCUGCGAAAUAUUACAGCCAUCAACUAAACUGCAGAGACGAACAUAUAGACUAUGUCUACAAUUCUUUCCCCAGGCGCAUCAUUCCAGUUAUGCGCCACAACAAUGAGGUUACCAUGUAUUCCAUCUUA